CAACAACCCACACGUGUCUUGUUACCAGCGAUCUCGAAUACACCUUCUCCUACCGCCAAGAUGACGCCUGCUCCACUAACCAAAACCCUCGAAUUCGAGAAAAAGAACCAGAAGAUGCCAAAACUCCCCAAACAUGUGAAAGUCCAAAAGCGCCCCAUCCCACAUCCCUCCACUCCCUCCCCGUAUUCGGGCUCCUCAUCUCCCAAAACCAUCUACGUUUCAUCCAGCUCCCCCACAAUGGGCGUCGUCAAGCGCGUCCAGAAGUACCUGCGGGCGGCGGAGAACCGCGCCACGGCAAAGUUGCUCAGCGGAAACAACAAAGGAAAGAAGGGCGACCGAAGGAAUCAAAUCGCACAAUUGGCGCAGAGUAACGAAGCGCUGAAGAAAGAGGAGGUGUUUGUGAAGGCUACGGGACGGGCAAUGGAGAGGGCCUUGAAGGUGGGAAAGUGGUUUGAGGCGAGGGGGGAGGAGUAUACUGUGAGCGUGAAGACGGGGAGUGUUCUUGUGGUCGACGAUGUGGUGGAGGAUGAAGAAGAGAGGAAGAAGGCGCUAGAGGAGAGUGAGAGGUUGAAAAAGGAGGUUGAAGAAGCGAAGCUGAAGGAUGGGAAUGGUGAUUUAUCCAAGUCGGCAAUUCGAAAGAGAAAGAGAGCCGUUGCGCGGUUGGAGGGCGAGGAAGAGCUGCCCGAGACUAGGACGAGGUGGGUGAAUAUGGUGGAGGUGGCGGUUUCGUUGAAGUGAGGUUUCCGUGAGAUGGUAUGGAAAGGAAAUGAAAUGGACGAUACGAAUCCAGGCGGCACGCUACUGAAUAUACCAGCCAGGCGGAUAAAUCCCUCCUCUUGCGGGCGCCGUGGCCAAGCAUUCAUGCAGAUGCUGAUGCAACUCAACCGGCAAGCCGGGUCCGGCUUCAGUCGCUUUCAGGCCCCUCGAACAGCCGCAAUGGAUCUAGACCUUGUGCCGAUUGUGCGCUUUCCCGGUGUCACGACGACGGCAGGCCGGCUGCCUUGGAAGACUCUCCCGGUCACGCAGCGUCUACCCAGCAUCCACAUGCAGCGGGCGCUCAGCAGCAACACACAAGCAUGAUCGGCCAUUGAUCUCAUCGAAGUAUGGGUAUUCUUCACGUACAACGGCACGGCAACCCCUCUAGCGAUCUAGUGUUACUGAAAAUAAAAU